GGAGACCUUCAGUACCAAACAUGUUGCAUAUAGCUCUCUUGGUUCUGCUGGCUGCUGCUUCCAUUGUCAAGGGUGAGACGUUGACCCAGCCGGCAUCUCAGAUUGUACGACCUGGUCAAGAGUUAAACAUCAAUUGUCAGGUGUCUUAUUCUUUGAGUGACUACCACACUGCGUGGGUCAGGCAGCCUCCAGGCAAGGGACUAGAAUGGAUCGGGAGCAGGAGAUACACUGGAAGCUAUUACCAGAAGGACUCCCUGAAAGACAAGUUCAGUAUUGAACUAAACCCCUCUAGCCAAACAGUAACCCUAAAAUGGCCGAAUAUACUGCCUGAAGACAGUGGAGUAUAUUAUUGUGCCAGAGACACACAACAGCGUUACUAUUACGACUACUGGGGUAAAGGAACCCAAGUAACAGUUACAUCUGGUACACCGAUCAAACCGACCGUCUUUCCUCUGAUGCAAUGUGGCUCCGGAGCCACAUUCAGCAUUGGCUGUCUCGCCACUGGGUUUACACCUUCUCCACUGACCUUCACUUGGAGCAAAGACGGAAAUGCCCUGACUGACUUUAUUCAGUAUCCUUCAGUAGCGAACAACAACCUCUAUACAGGAGUCAGUCAAAUCCAAGUGAAGAGAGAGGACUGGGAUAACAGGGCAAAAUUCCAGUGUGUUGCCAAACAUUCAACUGAAGAUGUUGAAGCUAUGAUCACCAAGAAAGAAGAGAGUACUGUGCCUCCAGAAAUUACAGUAUAUUCACUGUGGGAGGAUAAAUUUGAAUCCAUAACUGUCAAACUCCUUUGCAUCAUAAGUGGAUUCUCUCCUAACACACUGAGUGUUGAAUGGUUUCGGGACAGCCAAAAGGUCAAUGCCAAGCAGACCUCCACCAGGAAACUUCAGAGUGUGGAGGAAGAGGCCAAAACCUUCACUCUCAUCAGUGAGAUAGAGCCGAAUGUGAGAGAGUGGAGAAUCGGCACCAACUUUACAUGCAGGUCCAUUCAAAACAAUGUAGAAAUUAAAAGGUCGAUAAGUAUUUGUGAAAGUCAGGUAAACAGCCCUCCUGCCAUUCAUUUGGAACUUCCCAGCUUCAAGGAAGCUAUGAUGGAAACAUUGAGUGCAACAGUGAGCGCAACAUGUUCAGUGCGUACUGCACUUGAUGCUGUUAUUACAUGGAUUCUUGAGGGGGAAACAGACAUUCAUUACGACAGGAGCCAAUAUGCCAAUGCAUCACACAUCGUCAGUAAACUGACGGUAUCAGUAGAUCUGUGGAAAAAAACAAAGAGGGUGAAAUGUAAAGUGGAGCAUCGCUGCUUUGCGGACAUUGAGGAGACCAUAGAUGUAUCAGAGCCUGCGGUCAAGUCUCCAUCAGUGGAGAUCAGGCGAUCGCUUGCUGAUUUGCAGAAGAAAGACAGUGCUGUGUUUGAAUGUGAUGUCACCCAACUUGAUGCUGUGGAUCUCUACGUCACCCUUCAAGCCAACGGUGCUGAUAUUUCUGACAAACACUUUGUUGAACUCUCUAAAGUCCAAGGCCCACAUUCCAUCAGUCCACAUUUCAGUUUGCCAAAGUCAUUCAAGAAGAAUGACGCAAGUUUCAGUUGCAAAGUUAACCAAGGCUUCUCUAGCUUCAUUCAGUCAAGCAACAUUGACGGAAUUUUUGUGGAGCCUUCAGUUGAGCUGUUUCUGGCCUCCAGUGAAGAGUCAAGACUCUUAUGUUAUGGAUGGGGUUUUAACCCUCAAAUUAUGUGGUUCACUGAGUCUGAGUCACAAAUAUCCCCAUCAAUGACCAACCUUAGCAUGAAUGCGGAUGGACGUGUGGCUGUGGCUAGUCAACUAGACGUACUCGAAGAAGAGUGGAAAACUGGUAAGGGAUUCACUUGUGAAGUGUCUGACAGGUGGCUGGAAAAAAAGGUCAGAAAAACCAUCAGCUUCUGCUCAGUAACCCCAUCAUCAUCUCAAAUACUCGGAGUGUAUAUUCAUGGACCACCACUCACAGAGUUGCAGAAGAGGGACCAAGUGACAGUCACAUGUCAUUUGUUUGGCACUAAUCUACAAGAUUUUUCCAUCUCCUGGAAAGUUGAUGGAAAGAAUUAUUCCCAGAAUUCCUAUACGGAGGACCCGAUGAGUCACCGCAAUGGCACAGAGUCCUUUCGGAGCUUCCUCGAUGUGUUGGCGAGUGACUGGAAUUCAUAUAAACAAGUGUCUUGUGAGGGAAAACACAAAUGUUCCAACAAAGCCUACAAGGGCUAUAUAAGCAAAAGCAGAGACUUGUAUCCACCAACAGUGCGCAUAAUACCACCUACCAUCUCAGAGCUGUCAACCUCCGAUGACCUCACACUUACCUGCCUGGUUUCUGGAUUUUUCCCAGAUAACAAGAUAGUGUACUGGGAAAAAGAUGGUCAAAGACUACCAUUGAUUUCUUACACCAAUAGCCCUUCAUGGAAGUACAGUGGCAGCAGCACUUUUUCAAUGAGCAGCAGACUAAAUGUGACUAAAAGUGAGGACUGGGGAUCCAUUUAUUCUUGUUCUGUCAGGCAUGAGUCAUCUGAAACACCUUUUCAAAACACAAUUGAGAAUGUGUUUGCUCCAGUGACUCUCAGCCAACCUUCAGCCAUGUUGCUCCGGGGUUCAGGUGAACUUGUGUGCCUGGUGUUUGGUUUCAGUCCAGCAUCGAUUAACGUCUCCUGGUUUCUUGAUGAUACCAAUGAGCUGAUGGACUUCAAUAUAACUCAACCUAGCAGAGGCCCCGACGGAAAGUUCAGCAUCCAGAGCCGACUUCGCCUGUCCCAAGUCGACCUGUUACCUGGAGCGGUCCACACCUGCAGGGUGACACAUGCAACCCUCACGCUGACUCUGAAUGUAACAAAUCCAGUGAUCCUACCAGAUUGCAAUGUAUUGGAUGACAUUGCUCAUGCAGUUGUGAAUCAAGAUAUCAAUGUGGAAAGCUGGUAUAUGUCUGCCACAUUCCUUGUGCUUUUUCUCAUCGCCAUCAUUUAUGGUGUCUUGGCCACCUUGGUUAAGACUAAAUAAACAGGGUCAAGACAGAUGAUGCUUUGACUUCUUAUUAUGUGGAACACAUUGUGAUUGCAGACUAAUGAAACGUUUGUUAUCAUUGUGCCAAUGGUUUUGUUGUUGUUAUAAACAAGGUUUGACAUACUGUUUUUUCAUCACUAUAAUGAGGUUUGCUUUUAGCAAAGCUGUCCAUAAAAGAAAAAAAAAAAUACUAAUA